AUGCGAGAAGUGUGGGCUAGAGAAAACGCUCCUGGCAGAGAUCCUCAGUUGCUUCCGAGGAGAGUGAGCAAGCAUUUUGUCACCGACGGAAAUGUGGACAGGAGGCGAUACAACCCACCGCCUGAAACGGUCAAUGAAGUCGCAGUAGUGUUUGUCGGUGAUGACGGUCAACCACCAACAAACAUCGAUCUAGUCAUCCACGACCGGAAUCCGAUUGACCCGCAACAUCGCCGGCUACAGACCAUACCAGCCGGCUCUUCAAACGCGGAUCCAAUGCUGUAUCCCCUACUCUUUCCACGAGGAGAGCUCGGUUGGCAUCAACGCCUGCUACAAGAGGGCCCUCGCCGAACCCCUGUUCGCAAUCGGAAUAGUAUCAGGGAGUAUACUUGCUAUCGUCUUGCUAUUCGUUAUAUUGGAAACAACGACACAAUCCACGUUACUAUGAGUUUAUUACAUAAUGGUCGAUUUCUGUUUCAACAGUUUGUGGGUGAUCAUUACCUUCGAAUGGAAGCGAACAACUUGCAGUACAUUAGAUGGCAUCAAGCUGAGCUUUUUGCCGAAUCGUAUCAGGGACUUGUGGAUCACAUCAACCAACAGCUCCAACUAGACGCACCCGUGGCGGGCGUCGGCCGUAGGAUGAUUUUGCCAUCGUCUUUCACAGGCGGUCCCCGUUUCAUGAAACAGUGUUAUCAUGACGCGAUGGCAAUUGUGUGUAAGUGUGGAAAGCCUAAUCUUUUUAUUACAUUUACGUGUAACCCUAGCUGGCCGGAGAUCUCACAAAAUCUACCAAGAUGGGCAACGGCAAGCGACAGACCGGACCUGGUGUCCAGGGUGUUCAAUGCGAAACUCAAGCAGCUGAUGCGCGACAUAACGGUGAACAAUAUAUUUGGUAAUGUCGAUGCAUAUGUUUAUACUGUCGAGUUUCAGAAACGAGGACUGCCACACGCCCACAUACUGAUCAUUCUGAGUGAGGGUAGCAAGUUGCUAACCGCCGACGACGUCGACAAUGUAGUGUACGCCUUCUUGCCAGACCCGGUGACUGAGCCGCGUCUAUUCGAUUGUGUGACGAGACACAUGAUACACGGGCCGUGUGGCACGCUGAACCCAAACAGCCCAUGCAUGGUGGACAACAGUUGUUCAAAGAAGUUUCCAAAAGAAUACAGCGAAGAGACUGUAUACAUUGCUGACGGUGGUUACCCAAAGUACUGUCGGCCAAACAACGGACCUGUGGCCAGGGUCAGAAAUCAAGAGGUCAGCAAUGAGUUUGUCGUGCCUUACAAUCCGUACCUGUUAGCAAAAUACGAUGCACACAUUAACGUAGAGGUAUGCUCUACUGUGAAGAGUGUUCAGUAUUUGUAUAAAUAUGUAUAUAAAGGGCACGAUGCUGCGACCAUGGAAGUAUGGAACGGAAAUGAAAUAGACAGGUACGUCAGCCCACCAGAAGCCGUCUGGAGGUUGUUUGCGUAUAAACUACACGACAUCAGUCACACGGUAGUUAGACUUCCGGUGCACCUAGAAAACUACCACAACGUGUACUUUGCGCGUGGACAGGAACUACAGGGGGUACAAAACAACGCCCUACCUCGAACAAAACUCACGGCGUUCUUCGCGCUCAACGAGAGAAACGUUGAUGCCAGACAGUAUCUUUACCACGAGAUACCGACACAUUACACUUGGCAAGCAUCGUCAAAAGAGUGGAGACUGCGGCAAAGACAGGCACAUCGCGAGACGUUAUCUCGAAUGUACGUCGUCAACCCACUGGAUAGAGACCGUUUUCAUCUACGAUUGCUACUCUUGCACAGAAGAGGCCCGCGGUCUUUCCGAGACUUGAAGACGGUAAACGGGGUAGUGCAUGCCACAUACGCGGCCGCCGCCGUUGCGUUGGGAUUGUUGGAAGACGACGAAGCGUGGCGGGCGUGUAUGACAGAAUCAUCGGCGUUGGACACAGCCACUCAACUGCGUUAUCUAUACGUCACGAUACUAUUGUUUUGCCACCCCGCGGACCUGUACCGGCGGUUUGAAGUCAACAUGAUGGAAGACUUCAAUCGGCGCUUCCAAAACGUCGACCACGCUAGGGCGGCGUGUCUCAAAGCAAUCAGAGACCUACUUCGUGCACGCGGAAAAUCACUCGACGACUACGGUCUACCCAGUCCAGACGAAGAUCUACUGGAACCGGAUCAAGACGACCCAAUGUUCGGUGCAAUAGACGCGGCCGUUGCCUGGCAACAGCGAUUGAGUGAAUUGAACGACGAACAACGAACGGUGUACGAUCGAGUGAUGGCGGCCGUCGAUGACAACCGCAACGUUCAGAAAAUGUUUCUACGUCGACGGGCCAGGAGGGAACGGGAAAAACGACGCUAUACGGAUGCCUAA